UUUAUUUUGAGGGACCAAUUAAGGUCACACAAUGCAAAAUGCAAAUUUUACGUACCAAAUUAUAAGCUUUUUCAUUAUUCAAUCAAAGCUUGGCAAGUUUUUGGUGUUUGUGUUGUCUCAAGCUCUGAAAUGUUCUCUUUUUAAUUUUUCCAUAAAUUCCUACCAUAGAUUCUCUCCCCAAAUAGCCUCCAUCCUCUAGUUUUCCUCAUCCACAUAUAUAUGCACUCACAAUAACAAUGUGCCUUUUCUUUCCCCUUUACCAUCUUAUACUACUUUUCUAAUGCCAACAACAGAAAUAAUAAUUAGAAAAACCAUUAGCUUCACUCUUGCACAUGACAUGGGUGGUACCCUUUCAUUCAAUCCAAUAUUCAACCUCACAUUUUCCUUUUUCCUCGUCACGGUUACCACCACCUUUACCCUCAUUGGCCCCUUCAUUGUUGCCGACGCCGACGACGAUUCUAGAGAAUCUCCCCCUUCAUUCCCCAGUUUCCAAAACUCAACGAAUAGGGUACCAUCCACCAACGGCAUAUCGACAAGAAACUCCAACCAUUUGAACAGAAAAUCAGAGCCAUUAAAGCCAAGCACGAUUAUCGUGGUUGGUGUCUUAACCACCUUGUUCUCUCUUACAUUUAUUUUCCUUCUUUACAUCAAGCAUUGCAUCCAUAGGAAUAACGAAAACCAAUCCCAUCAAGAAGGUGAGCCACUGCAGAGAAAUGACUCUGGCAUUGAUCGUGGUGUUGUGGAAAAGCUACCGAUUUUUCGAUUUGGAUCGCUAAGAGGACAAAAAGAAGGGUUAGAUUGUGCAGUUUGCUUGAACAGGUUCGAGCACACAGAUGUUCUUCGUUUGCUUCCAAAGUGCAAUCAUGCUUUCCAUGUAGAUUGUGUAGACAAGUGGUUCGAUGCGCAUUCAACUUGCCCUCUUUGUCGCAAUAGGGUGGAGCUUAAAGACAUCGUCCCGAGGGAACAAUUACAAGAACAAGGAGAAAGAGAUGAAUUAGUGGAGGAUAUUGAGAGAGGAACCUUUCGGAGAGUCUCGGGGAGGCACUCCUCGGUGUUGGGGGAAAGAGAAGGUGGCUUCUUGGAGAUUAUUACACAUAAUUCAAAUGAGAAAAAGAAUAAAAAAAUGAAGUCUUCUAGUAGCACCAGGUCAUUUCACACUUCUUCUAGAAGCUUCGGAGGCUUUGUUCGCCCAAGAAAGGACAAAACGUUAAUGGCAAGGCAAGAAGGUAAUUUUAGUAAUAAUAACAACAUAGGUAGUAAUGCAGAGCACCAUAGGUUGCAGCACCAAAUUAUUAUUGAUUCACCAGUGGCCUCUUUCGUUAAAUCUAACGGUAAAGGAGAGUCAUCAUCAUCACAUCCUCAUCAUAGAUGGAGUGAAGUUCCACAAUCGGAUCUUUUGUACUUGACUUCUGAGAUGAUAAUCAAUGAUGCUGCUUCUUCUGUACCUGGGGAAAGAAGAGCAACUCAUAACCACAUCGUUAGCAAUGAGAAUAAGAAUAAUGGCGGUUUGAAGAAUUUGAGGAGUUUUUCAGAGGUUACGGGAAUGAGUAGGUUCUUAGGAGGGAGCAAAGGAAGAGAACAUGGCAAUCACGAAGAGCAAGAUAAGCAACACUGUGUGGGGGUUGCUACAAGGUGGUCAGCUUGGAGCUCAAGGUCACAACGACCGCAAGCAAAUGUUCAGUCGGGAUCAUAGUUACAGGAACCCAAUACGUUCUGAUAUGGAAACGAGUUACGUCGUUUGUAAAGUAUUUUACGUGAAAAAUAUACAUAUUAAGUUUUGGUACGCAGAUAAACUGAUACAUGAAACGCGCAAAUUGAUGCUCAGUAUGCUAUCUACUUGGUGAAUUCAUGUAACUAUAGUCGGGAUUGUUUGUUAUCAAAUCCUAAUGGAGAAUGCUAUUAUUUUUGGACGAGCUAUUGUGCUAAUUGAUUCCUUUGUUUCUUUAGAUUCUCGACACCCAUAACACACAAAGAUUGGAAUCUGAAUCGUUAUAAGACAAUUUUGUAGCUAACAUAAGGAAACCAAUGAGUAUCAUCGUUCUCGGUUU